AUGGUCACCGAUGUGACUGAAGCUGCCCAGUUCUACUUACAGAGGGGCCAACUGAUAACGAAGCAAGGGCAAUUCGUCCAUCUAGACGUUGCCAACGGUUAUGCAAUCUUCAAGUCGGAGAAGACUCCCCAGGACAAAGGUGUCUCGUGGAGAGUGGAUGGCCAAUACUUGGAAGUUUUUGGACCUCGCUUCAACGCAUGCGGGAGACGGAAGGGAUGCACCUGUCUUAGUCAAGAUGAGAACAUCUUUGUAGAGGCUUCGAGACACCCACCAUUUCCAUGCCGUCAAUUCGUCAUGAGGCCGAAUCCUGGCACAAGAUCUCUUCCCUCACCGACUCGGCCAACGCCGGCUCAGCCAGUUUCUACGGCUCCAUCAACUGCUGUCUCUCCCAUUUCUACACAAAAUACGACGCCUCCUCCAACGACCAGGACGUUCCCCAGUACUACUGGAGAGCCCACGCCAAACCCUUCCUACGAUCCUGACCCAGAGCUACUUCCGCGCACUGUUGGUUCAUACGUGGAUGACAUGGAUGAGAUUUGA